AUGUCUGGUCAUUCUGAACAUAGGCGCUCCUUCGCCGUUGCGGGCAGCGUCUCUUCUCGCCUUCUCGCCGAGAGGGGACGGGAGCGGAGCGCUGCUGCAGGCCUGGCCCACUUUGCUGUGAUGAUGAAAUGGAGCACAGCGAUCUGCUGGACUUUCAUUUUACUGGCUGCCCUUUUCUUUGAAGACAGUGGCUGCAAAGGAGGGCGCGGCGGAGCACGAGGGGCAGCCCGGGGAAGUGCACGGGGUGCUACGCGGCGCUCAAAGUCUUCCUCUCGCUACGGCUCAUCGGGGACAGCGCUGAGGGUGGCAGCCGCCGCAGCAGGAGGGGCGGCAGCAGGGGCGGCAGCUGCUGUAGCUGCUGGCAGGCUGAGAUCAGCAGGGGAGAGCCAUCCUGAAAACGCAGACAACAGCACCUUUGAAGGCAGUUACAACUAUCGGGCAUGGACAUCAGGUGCUCAGUCCUGGCAUCUUGUCCCUCUGUCCACUUACCUUCUUUGUGCAACCAGUUCCUUCUCACUUUAAGAAAGGCAACUUGCCACCAGGGGUUUCUCUCUUCAAUCCCUGCCCUCUUGUUCUCUGAUCAAGUGCUGGAUCUCUUCUUGAUGAAUCCUUUCCCCGACUUAGGCUUGAACAUGGCCACUGACUGUUCCUACGAAAAAUCCUAGAAUCACAGUGCAAGCUGGAUGCCUCUACCACCUGUCAGGAAGCGCUCCUUAAAGUAUCUGGACCUUGCUUCAGAUACUGCCUGACAUCAAAAAACACAGAGGUUCCAGCCUUCUUCUGGUGCCAUGCAACCUGCCUGAUGAUGAUUUACUCAGAAGACCAGUGCCACUUUUAAAGCCAUGCCAGCUGCUGCUGAACAGCUGUUACCCAAGAUUAGCCAAAUGUCUGCCCAGUGCCUGGCUCCUAAGGUGCUCAAUCAACACCUCCUCUUGCCACUACCAGAAUUUACAUAUAUUAUAUCAUAGGCUUAUAGAUGUGGUGAUUUAUUGUGCAGCAAAUGGAAGGGAUGUAUUGUCAGCCACUGCCGUGGUGGAGUAGUUAAAGGUGGGUGCAUCACUAAUGAAGUUUCCUGUUAAUUUUCACUAUCUUGUGUGCUAUUUCAACCCCAUUCCAUUUGACCACAUUUUGACUGACAGUAUCGUUUUGCAGUAACUUUUGUAAUAAAUAAAAUGUGAAGUCCUUCAAUUUAGUUUUCUUACCUUAAGUAAAACAUCUGCAGAAUCCAAGGUAACAUAGAACAGUACUGUGUUUUGCCACUGUUUACCCCCUACUGUAUGUGUGGGUAUUUUGGGGGUGGUGUUGGAGAAGAACACUUCAAUUAAGAGGGAUUUCCUAAAAACUUGAAAUUAUGGGAGAAGCCUGUUUUGUG